GGCCUUGAAGAGCGAGAGAAAGAGAGAGAGAGAGAGAGAGAGAGAGAGGAAGCCAAUUGACCCAUUGUCCGCGAGAUAACCUCUCUAAAGGCUCCGAAAGCUGGUCCCUCGAUUACAUAUUUCCGUGUCGAGGAAAUAGCUGUCUGCCUCCCUGCUGUACAGUAGUAGCUCAAUUGAGUUCCGCAUUUCCCUCUCCCCCCUACAAAACCGGUCCAUGAGCCUGUAACUUGGCUGAGCGCCCGCCGAGCCAUUGCCUGCUCACUUGCAACAAUGGAAGCACUUCUGCAUUGGAUCAGGGAGACACCCAACGAUGUAUUAGGGAGGAUUGGAGCUGCCGCAGCCCUGGUUCUAUUCUUUGCCCUCUACGCCGGCCUUCAUCUGGUCGCCCCCAAGCCUCGGUCCGUCCUGUCCCGCGAGAGGCACUACAAGACGACAACCGGCGACGGCAAAUGGAUCCUCAAGAAGCUUCCGUGCUGGCAUGAUCGCUGGCUUGCGGAGCGUCACGCCAGCGAGACCCGUACCAACAAUCACGUCCACAUCCCCGACACGGGCGCGAUUGAGCCUGCUUCGCUGCGACUCAGCGUCGUAAUCCCUGCCUACAACGAGGAGAAGCGCAUUCUCCCUGCCCUCGAGGAGGCCGUCAGGUACCUCGACGCCAAGUUUGGGAGAGAGCCACGGCCUGCCACCGCCGACGAGAAACCCAUUCUCAGCCCGACCACCUCGACCCACCGGAGGAUUAAGAACCCACCUCAGGCCGAGCUGGCCGGUUACGAGAUCAUCGUUGUCAACGACGGUUCCAGGGAUAGAACCGAAGAUGUCGUCCUCACCUUCUCCCAGGAGCACAACCUCCACGAUGUCCUCCGCCUCGUCAAUCUCGAGAAGAACCGCGGCAAAGGCGGUGCCGUGACUCACGGACUGCGACACGUUCGAGGCGAAUAUGUGCUCUUUGCAGAUGCGGAUGGUGCCUCCAAGUUCAGCGACCUGGGCAAACUGAUCGAGGGCUGCGACGACGUCAAGGACGCCGGGGACCGUGGCGUUGCCAUCGGCAGCAGAGGUCAUCUGGUCGGCAGCGAGGCUGUAGUCCAGCGCUCGGCUCUGCGCAAUUUCCUCAUGCGCGGCUUUCAUGUCGUCCUCAUGAUCUUGACGCCCCCGGCCACCUCGCGCAUUCGGGACACGCAGUGUGGUUUCAAGCUCUUCUCGCGGGCCGCCUUGCCGCACAUCGUGCCCUACAUGCACGCCGAGGGCUGGAUCUUUGACAUUGAGAUGCUGAUGCUGGCCGAGUCGGCCCCGGCCGUGCCUGUGCUCGGCAGCGAUGGUGCUGUUAUUGGCAGCAGCCCUGGAAUUAAGGUCGCCGAGGUCCCCAUCGACUGGCAUGAGGUGGACGGAAGCAAGCUGAACGUCAUCCAAGACAGUAUCCGCAUGGCGCUAGGACUCGCCGUGCUGAGGGCAAGCUGGAUGUUUGGCGUCUAUAGACGGCGCUUGACAUGAGUUGCCACUACAUAAAGAGACGAUGUCGUGGAGACAAAUACCCCAGCCCACACGAUAACGUGGCUAUAGAUCUGCUUUACACCCUGACCAAAAAUAAAAUAAAAAAGUUAUUAAAUACCUGCUUUAGAUGUUGUCAUGUACAACUAUUUCUCUUCCAUCACCAGAUU